GCCCGGUUGCUAGGGAGGGUAGAGUCACAUGGGGUAACCUCCUCGUGGUCGCUAUAAUGUGGUUCUCGUUCUCGGUGGGGCGUGUGGUGAGUGACUCCAGUCAGGUCUUCUAAGCAACCAAAUUGGCCCGGUUGCUAGGGAGGGUAGAGUCACAUGGGGUAACCUCCUCGUGGUGGUGAUUAGUGGUUCUCAAAUAUAGUUUUUAACCUGAUUAAUCACUUUUUUAGCGAUAAACAUUCAUAUUAAUUCAUAUGCAUGAAAUGACUAAAUAAAAUGCUAAAAUUGGUAACAGAAUUCUGCCUAAAUUAAGCUUUAAAUAGCUUAAAAAUAAACACAGAGAUCUGUUAAUCCAGAAUGGAUAACAGGGUUAUUAUUUUUAUUUCAUGUUAAAUUUAUGUGAGAUACAUUUCUAGUAGUUUUCAAUUGGGAUUUGUGCCUAUAUUGCUUUAAAAUAAUGAAAGGGACAUUAAUUUAUACACUAUUCAUGGAAAGUCCAGUUUAAAAUAUCAGCCUGUUAAAGCUGGGACUCGCUCUCAGGCAUGAAGACGGUGUUUGCUGGCUCCAGCUGUAAUGAUAUCGUCUGCACAGAGCAGUGUGUGAUGAGCGGACACUUCGAUAAGAAAAUCCGUUUCUGGGACAUCAGCACACGCUCACAGGCCACAGCGGGAAGGUUUUGUCUGCUCAGUUUCUCCUCGACAAUGCUUGAAUCGUCUCCGGCAGCUAUGACAGAACGCUGAAGCUCUGGGACUUGAGCAACAAAGUCUGCAUGAAGACGGUGUUUGCUGGCUCCAGCUGUAAUGAUAUCGUCUGCACAGAGCAGUGUGUGAUGAGCGGACACUUCGAUAAGAAAAUCCGUUUCUGGGACAUCAGGUGUGUCUUUGUGUCUGUCUGUGUUUUUAUCUGUGUCUGUCUGUCUCUGUGUGUUUCUGUCUUUGUGUGUGUGCGUGUGUGUGUGUCUGUCUGUCUGUCUGUGCGUGCGUGUGUGUGUAUGUCUGUAUGUGCGUGUGUGUGUGUAUGUGCGUGCGUGUGUGUGUGUCUGUCUGUCUUUCUGUGUGUCUGUCUGUCUGUCUGUCUGUCUGUAUGUCUUUCUGUUUGUUUGUGUGUGUGUGUGUAUAUUUGUGUCUGUGUUUGUUUGUGUGUGUGUUUGUCUUUCUGUGUGUGUCAGACUGUCUCUUUGUGUGUCUGUCUGUUUGUGUGUGUUUGUGUGUCUGUUUGUGUCUGUAUUUCUUUCUGUAUGUGUGUGACUGUGUUUUUGUGUGUGUGUGUGUCUGUCUGUGUUUUUAUCUGUGUCUGUCUGUUUGUGUGUGUGUGUUUCUAUGUCUGUGUGUGUAUGUCUAUAUUUGUGUGUUUCUGUCUUUGUUUGUGUGUGCGCAUGUGUGUGUGUCUGUCUAUCUCUGUGUUUCUGCCCGUGUGUAAUUCUGUCUUUUAUGUGGCUGUCUGUGUCUGUCUAUCUGUGUGUGUGUCUUGUCUGUUUGUGUCUGUCUGUCUUUGUUUGUGUGUGCGUCUGUCUUUUAUGUGGCUGUGUGUGUCUGUCUGUCUAUCUGUCUGUCUGUGUUUGUGUGUGUGUGUGUGUGUGUAUAUUUGUGUCUGUGUUUGUUUGUGUGUGUGUGUUUGUCUUUCUGUGUGUUUCUGUCUGUCUCUUUGUGUGUCUGUCUGUUUGUGUGUGUGUUUGUGUGUCUGUUUGUGUCUGUAUUUCUUUCUGUAUGUGUGUGUCUGUGUUUUUGUGUGUAGGUGUGUCUUUGUGUCUGUCUGUGUUUUUAUCUGUGUCUGUCUGUUUGUGUGUGUGUUUCUGUGUCUGUCUGUCUGUCUGUCUGUGUCUGUCUAUCUGUGUGUGUGUGUCUUAUCUGUUUGUGUCUGUCUGUCUUUGUGUGUGUGUGCGUCUGUCUUUUAUGUGGCUGUGUGUGUCUGUGUUUGUUUUUGUGUGCGUUUGUGUCUGUCUGUGUGUGUGUGUGUGUGUGUUUCUUCCUGUGUGUGUUUGUGUGUGUCUGUGUCUGUUUGUUUUUUUAUCUGUGUGUCUGUCUGUCUCUCUCUGUGUGUGUGUGUGUCUGUCUGUGUAUCUGUGUCUCUCUGUCUGUGUAUCUGUGUGUCUAUUUGUGUGUGUGUGUGUGUGUUUCUGUCUUUGUGUGUGAGUCUGUCUGUUUGUGUGUGUGUAUGUCUGUGUGUUUUUGUCUGUCUGUCUUUGUGUGUCUGUGUGUGUGUUUAUCUGUGUCUGUCUUUCUGUUUGUUGUGUGUGUGUGUCUGUCUGUCUUCGUGUUUGUGUGUCUGUCUGUAUGUGUGUGUCUUUCUGUGUGUGUGUGUGUCUGUUUGUGUGUCUGUGUGUGUGUCUGUUUUUGUCUGUCUGUAUGUGUGUGUCUUUCUGUGUGUGUGUGUGUGUGUGUGUGUGUGCUCUCUGUUUGUGUGUCUGUGCGUGUGUGUGUGUGUGUGUCUGUCUGUCUGUCUGUCUGUAUGUGUAUGUGUCUUUCUGUGUGUGUCGUUGUGUGUCUGUGUGUGUGUGUCUGUCUGUAUGUCUUUCUGUGUGUGUGUGUGUGUGUGUGUGUGUGUCUGUCUGUUUGUGUCUGUAUGUCUUUGUCUUUCUGUGUGUGUUUGUGUCUGUUUGUGUCUGUAUGUCUUUGUCUUUCUGUGUGUGUGUGUGUGUGUGUGUGUGUGUGUGUGUGUGUGUCUUUCUGUGUGUCUGUCUGUCUUUGUGUGUGUGUCUGUUUGUAUCUCUGUCUGUGUGUCUGUCUGUCUUCGUGUUUGUUUGUCUGUCUGUCUGUAUGUGUGUGUGUCUUUCUGUGUGUCUCUGUUUGUGUGUGUCCGUUUGUAUCUCUGUCUGUGUGUGUGUGUGUCUGUGUUUUGUGUGUGGGUGUGUCUUUGUGUCUGUUUGUAUUUUGGUCUGUGA